ACUUGUGGGUUUCGUUUCUAAAUCGACUUGAGCUGCAAAAGAGAUCAACAAUGACGGAACAGCAGGAAGAAAAGCGCUACGAUCCCAACGACACGACUCUGAAGUUUGUAACGCGCAAGGAUGAAAUAACCUUGGAUGAUGACCCGGCGAUCCUUCGAGCCGAGAUGUCCUGUGGUCAUGCCGUCACCCCAGAAUCCCUGACAGGAUGGUGUCGCAGUCUACUAGAUCAGGGUCAGUACAAGUUCACAUGCCCUGCACUUAUUGGUGAAAACGCCAGACAGAAGUGCAAUGCCGAAUGGCCCUAUGUGGAGGUGCGGAGGCUGGCUUUACUCACACAAGAGGAGCAGAGCCAUUUUGAAGAGACCAUGGCUGUCUUGGCUGCAGCUGAGUACUGUGAACACAAAACUUGUCCUGGCUGUCAGUCAUUUGUUGAGAGAGCCGACAUUACCAACCUCUGUGUCAUUUGCACGAUCUGCACGGCUGAGAAGGGCAGAGCAUUUCAGUUCUGCUGGCAGUGUAUGAAGGGAUGGAAAGGUCCAGGCCCUCGAUCUGACCGCUGUGACAACCCUGGCUGCACCAAUCCAGACCUAGAGAAGUUGGCAAAAUGUCGUGAUAUACUACUACCAGCGGUUCAAAAUGUGAGCUGUCCCUCAUUGCGAGCUUGUCCCACUUGUGGCAAUCUAGUGGAGCAUGACACAACCGGCUGUAAGAAUAUCAUAUGCAAUCGCUGCAGGGUAGAGUUCUGCUUUGUUUGCCUUAAAGUCACAAAAACAUGCUUAAAAACGAGCACGCAUUUUACUCUCUGCUCAGAUGGAGUUGUGCCACGGCAGACUUCCAUUCCAAACUGGAAGAGAAAUUAACAAUAUUGAGGGAGUCAACCAAACAAAAUGGCAUUUUAGACAAGUGUAAUAUUUGUCGGGGUUUCUGCAGGAUCUAUAUAGGUAAAUUUAAGACUUUAAAGACAUUUAAGAAUAACUUGACUGGCUUAGUCUUGAAAUAAAAUAACAUACUCUUUAUUCAUGUUUGUUUUCUUGAGAGGAGAAAAUACAAGUGAAUGUGCCAGUGUUUAUAUUACACAAUGGUCACAUUCAUCUCCAUGGUGUGGAAUAAUUAUAUUAACCAUGAAAGAAAAUCUAAAAAGCUUUUGUUUCUCAUGCUGGUGUAUGUGCAUGUAAAUAAGCUUA